AUGUUGGCCAGCAAACGGGGUCUUCAGGCAAUUACCUCUCUGGCUCGCGGCUAUGCGACGCGUUACCCGCGACCAAGACCAGGCACAGCGGAAAGACCACCACUUAAACACGGAGACCCGGUGACUCAAAGUCGAAACACGACAGUUGUCAAUUUAGAGGAUGAAGGCCUAACAUUUGUUCACCGACCGCCUCCCUCUGCACCCUCUCCCGCCUCCCUCACCACCGCACCUGCCUCACCCUUGCUGCGGCCACAGUCGAAACCCGCUGGCGAAGUCCCUCUUCCUCCCGCCCUCCACAACCACCCACUAAAGGAGCGCAAGACUCUGUCAACGGAGGACAUCGCGAAAAUGAAGGAAUUGCGCGCCAGUGACCCCGUCACAUACUCCACCAACAAGCUGGCGAAGAUGUUCGGCUGUUCAAGACACUUUGUUAUUCUGUCGACGCGUAUCACCACCGCGCAACGAACGGCGUUGGAACGGGAGCGAGAGGCGCAGCACGAAGAGAACCGCGAGCGCUGGAGCGACCGACACAAACUUGUCAAGGCGCUCCGGGCCCGGCGCCGGCAGAUGUGGUAGAGGGGGAUCGCGUGAUUCGUCGGCGGAAUGCCGUAGUGCCCGGAAUUGGAAGUGGCCGAUGGAGGUUCCAGGAGAUUCCGCUGUUUUACUCUCUGUCCUAUUCCAGAUUCACAUGUAAUAUUCUAAUUCUUUUUAUUAAAACAACUAGCGAUCCAUA